AAGAAAAGAAAUUUGUUGACAAAUUAGAUUUUCACAAUUUAUAUUAAAUUCUUACGUGUGCAAACAAAUGUUUAGAAGUCGCACCUUUAAUUGCACAGGCGAACGAACGCAAGCACAAUGAGCUCGCGCAGAUUGAGGGAGGGGCCAAUACUCAAUUUUAAGGCGGUGCUCAUGGGCGAAGGUUGCGUGGGCAAAACCUCCUUAGUGUUACGCUACAUGGAAGAUAAAUUUAAUGCACAGCAUUUGAGUACGCUGCAGGCAGCGUUUGUGACCAAAAAGGUGACGCUGCCGGAUGAGCGUCGGGCACAGCUAAACAUAUGGGAUACCGCUGGACAAGAACGCUACCAUGCACUCGGUCCUAUUUACUAUCGUGGUUCGGACGGGGCACUGUUGGUUUAUGAUAUAACCGAUCACGACUCAUUCUUAAAGGUGAAGUCCUGGGUACGGGAGUUAAAGCAAAUGCGCGGCAGCGAGAUUGUGCUGAUCAUAGUUGGCAACAAGACUGAUCUAGAAGAGCAGCGCGCUGUUGUUUAUGAUACAGCCACGCAAUAUGCGCGCACUGUGGGCGCCCAGUAUAUGGAGACGUCUGCCAAAGACAACGAAGGCGUUAGUGAAGUAUUCGAGUUGCUGACACAACUAAUGAUCGAGCAUCAUCAUGGCAAGCAGGAAGAUGAACCAAAUUCGUUACGCCUUCAGAGUGGCGUGACAACGUCCAGUGCGCGCGCCCUUGUCGUUGGUCCUUUGGAUGAUGCUGAUCCAGCCACUAUGCUGGAUCGUGGUCCGGCAGCCUCGGCCCAUCGCUCCUGUUGUGGCAUAUAGGAUGCGCUUUCUGGCGUCGCCCAUUGUGAUAAUACCCAUGUACUAAUAGAUUUGUAGACGAUGUGUGUAUCUGUAUAUAUAUAUAUAUAUAUAUAUAUUACGUGUAUUUAUAUGUAUGUACGUCUUUAUCUGUUAUGAGUGAUUUCUAUAUUUUCUUUCGCAUGUAAACUACCACCUAAAAUGCUCCAAAAGUUAAACAGCUUUCUAUUCCAUUUUCUAUUUUUUUUUGGCACUUCGUGUUUGUUCUUUAAAGGUUUUUGAAAAAUUAAAAAUUUAGUAAAGUAUGCGUCACGCAUUUGCACUUGUGAUCCGAUCCGGAUAGCCAUUAUCUAUGUGUUUGUACAGCUCUAUAAUAUGUGUGCAUGUGAGUGUGUUUUGAUUGUUCGUUGCAGCCGAUAAGAUACAAAUUGUGCCUCGAACUGCUACGCCCACAAUAUUGGGCGUGGUAAGCAAAUAAGCGCUAAUUAACUUGUGUGCCCAAAAUAUAAAUAAAAGACAACGAACAUAUUUAGCUAAA